AUGGAAGAACUCAAUGGAACGGAGCGCCUCUGCUUCGACGGCCAAGUCCAACUCAUUCCAUCCCCUACCGACUCUCCAGAUGACCCACUCAACUGGAGUAAGCCAAGACGUUACUGGCAUUCCUUUCUGGUCUUGGUAUUUGUCGCUCUGACGGCGGCAACGGCAAACGAUGCCGGGACGGCGGGCAACGGCAUGAUUGAAGAGAUGAGCAUCACGUGGAACGACAUCAACAUCGCGGCCGGCGUGUUAUUCGUCGGCAUUGGAUAUGCCACAUUGCUGUUCAGUCCGGCGCCGUUCCUGUAUGGACGACGCAUAUCAUACUUGAUCUGUUUGAUGUUUUCCGUCAUUGGCUCGAUCUGGUUCGCCCGUAUCCACAAUAUUCAGGAUAACAUUUGGGGCCAGCUAUUCGUUGGCGCGUCAGAAUCAUGCGCCGAGGCUCUCGCUCAGCUGUCCCUGUCGGACCUCUUUUUCCAGCAUCAGAGAGGAAUGGUGCUGGGUCUGUACGUCCUGGCAACCAGUAUUGGUACCUUCACCGGGCCAUUGGUCGCGGGCUUCAUCACCGACAGCUACUUGGGAUGGAGAUGGGUUGGCUGGCUGGCCGCGAUCAUCUCAGGGGGGUUGAUCUUCAUCUUCUAUUUCGGCCUAGAGGAGACAUUCUUUGAUCGGAACAACCCCCUGCACGGGCAAACCGCGUCUCCCCGUCAACCCGAGCCAUCGGCGGACCUCUCGCUGGACGAGAAGGAAAAAACGGCAGCAAACGUGCAGGCUGCCCCAGCCAAUCAUCCCGAUGAGGAGUCUGGUCAGAAGAAGGGAAAGACCUACUUCCAGCGCAUCGCUCUGAUCACCCCGUCUCCCACCCUGGUUGGGACCGGCUUCAAGCAAUACUGCCGGCGUCUGUUCCACACGCUGCGCAUCUUCACCUUCCCCGCGGUUCUCUACUCGGGUCUUCAAUGGGGCGCUCAAGAUGCCUGGUUGACCUUCUAUCUCACCGUCGAAGAGGACAACUGGUACGAAGCGCCCUGGAACUACAGUGAUGCCGCAGUGGGCAUCAUGAAUGUCCCGACUCUGAUUGGCGCUGUCAUCGGCUGUAUCUACGGCGGAUGGUUUUCGGACUUUUUCGUGGUCUGGAUGUCCCGUCGGAACAACGGCAUUUUUGAAGCCGAACAGCGUCUGUGGCUCCUUGUGCCAGUUGCUUUCAUCGGCCCGGCGGGUCUCAUGCUCUUCGGUAUUGGCUCGGACAAAGGCUGGGACUGGCCCCUGCCGUACCUCGGCCUGGGCUUUAUCGGCUUUGGUUGGGGUUGCGCGGGCGACCUUAGCAUGGCUUAUCUUAUGGACGCGUACCCGGAAAUGGUUCUCGAGGGCAUGGUUGGUGUUUCGGUCAUCAACAAUACUAUCGGGUGUCUUUUCACAUUCACUGCCGAAACCUGGCUGGAUGCGCAGAGUCUGUCGCAGGUUUUCAUUGCGAUUGGCUGCUUAAGCUUCAUCUUCAUCAUGACGACCAUUCCCAUGAUUAUUUGGGGCAAGAAGUGUCGCCGGCUGACUCGCAAGCAGUAUGAGACUUUCUUGCGCAUCCGUGAUGGGCCUUGUUGA